GACGCUUCGCCAGCAAAUGUAGUGACGGGGCGAGGGGGAACGGGUGGGUACAAACUAGAAGUGGGGAAAUUUAGGUGAGACAUUAGGAAGAAAUUCUUUACUGUGAAGAUGGUGAGGCACUGGAAUACGUUGCCCAGAGAGGUUGUGGAUGUCCCAUCCGUGAAAUGCUCGAGGUCAGGUGGGAUGGGACAACCUAGUUUAAUGGGACAUGUUCCUGCCCAUGGCAGUGGAUUGGGGCUGCAUGAUCUCUAGGGCCGCUUCCAACCCCUUAACAUUCUAUGGUUCUGUGACUUGCGUACUGCGCCUUUGAGCACCAAAAAAAUCCUGUCAGCAAACCAAUCUCAGCAAAAAAAAAAAAAACAAACAAAAAAACAAACCAAAAAAAAAAAAAAAAAACCAAAAAAAAAAACUGCUCCAACCGAGAGUGACUCCCUCCGGACGAGUUCGACAUUUACCAACCCCGCCGAGGCCGGUCCCACAUCCCGCUCCUUGAGGGCGGGAGCAGCGCGUGCUCCCCGCCCUGCAGCCAAUCAGCGCGGGGCCGCUGCCGCCGCCUCGCUCUGGCGGCGCUCGGAGCCAAUCAGCGCGCCGAGCGCUGUGCGGCGGAAGCCGGGGCUCGGCGGCACGCGGCGCCAUGGCUGCCGGCUCCGCGGGCGCGCUCGUGCGGGCGCUGGGGGCGCUGGGGGCGCUGGAUGGCGGUGGUGCAGCAGAUAAGAUUCGUUUAAUACCUCAAGACUUUUUUGCAGAGCUGUGUGAACAAAUAAUUCAACAUCUGAACCAUAAGAUCCCAGGUAUAAAUACAGCUGAAUUGUGCCAGAGAAUUCAAACAUCGGGGGUUGACAUUAAUGUUGGUGACCUGGCAAAAAUAGCUAACGCUCUUUCAUUUCUGUUCAGCACAGCAGCCAGGAACAACCUCUCUACAGAAGAACUCGUCGCCACCUUGGGCAGUGGCGUCAGCACGCUGCCAAAACAUGCAGUUCAAGUUAUUCGUCACGUGUGGAAUGAGCAUGGCAAAGCCAUUGCUGUGUCAGAAGAUGCAAGAAAUGUGGCCACAGUGGGGCAGUUUGUAGAUAUGAAAUGGAAACUGGGAGUUGCGAUGAGCUCUGACACCUGCAGGUCUCUGAAGUACCCGUAUGUGACAGUGACACUGACAGUGGCAGAUCCUUCGGGACAAAUAACAGACAAGUCUUUUGAAAUGACUAUCCCACAGUUCAAGAACUUCUUCAGACAGUUCAAGGAAAUGGCAUCUGUUCUUGAAACGGUUUGAAAGGAACUUGUAUUUCCAGUGACAUGUUGGAGGAAGAUCAAGUAAACUUUACAUUCUGCACAGGGAAUAAAGUGCCAUUGUUCAGCAAGGUACGUAUCCUUGUCUUCUUGACAGGAAUUGGUCACCAUCACCCUUGCAUUGCUGUGAAGAUUUCUUCGCUUUUUAAUGACUUGAAGUCAACUCUGCAGUGUUGGUGAAAACGUGUCCAGCUUUACCCAUCCUCGUAGACAAAAGAUCAGGAUGUGUAUGGAGAAGCAUCUCUGUAGACUUCCUAAUACCAACGAGUAAAAAACUGCACACAUACUCCAUACUGCAGAAAGACAACUGAAAAUGUUGACUGGGAAGAUACUGAGACAGGUUUAAAUUCCGAGUUAAUAUUUUUGUCUGUAAGAUUAGGAUGGGCUUGGACUCAACAAUAGUAUUACAUAUUAGGAGAAUAUGAAGUUAUGUGUAACAAGCAUACAGCUACUCUUGAAGAAUAGCAUUGUCAAGUAGCUGAUUGCAGCUAUUUGCAGAUCUGGCUUCCAGUUUUUUAUUAACUGGAAAAUGUACUUGUCCUAACACCUUGUUUAUUUCAAAUAUUUAUUUCCCACCACCUAGACUUAUAAAGACUGAAUUAAUGCAUUGAGUUUUUCCAGAGACCAAAAUUCUCUCUAAUGAAGCCCAGAGGCUAAUUUUACAUAAAGGUAGAAAGGCAGAUUAAUUCAGAAGUGUUUUAAUAGGUUUCUGCUUUUUCAUUCCAUCCAUUGUUAAUCUGUGGCAUUCUGCUUAAUAUUUUGGUCAGCAGUCUUCUUUCUAAUUAAAUUAAAAUAUUGAUGUAGUUACCUCACUUUAACUUCUGAACUAGAAAAUCAAGAGGAAACUUGAACAUUCAGGCCGGAGAGGUGGCCAAGCACAUCAGAGAAAGGACCACACUAAGACUUCUUCGUGUGUUGCAUUGUAACAGGCAGCCACUGGACUGUGUUCUGUAUGCUUGCCUUAAGAAGGUGUCCUAACCAACAAAAUUUUGGCUUUGAUGUUGAAGAAUGGGGGCAUUUCUAAAGGGGGUGAUAAAUCCAAUGUGCUUGCAUGCUCUCCUCUUAAUUUUUUCCCUUGAAUUUUCCAUAAAACAAAACACACUGCAAAUAAUGUGGGAUGAAAUAAAAGCAAUACUGUUGCAUCUCCACAUGUGCUGGUGGUGUAAUAGAACAAAUAAAUCUGAAGAGAGAUAGUUCAUGCUGAUAAGCAGAUUGAAGUUUCUGCUUCAGCUUCAGGCUGCUAGAGACUGAGUACCAGCUUUGCUGGGACAGAUCCUCAAAUGAUUUCAGGGCCACUUAAAUUGCAAACAUCUACUGUACCUUUCUGACUCAAAUAUUUUUUUUAAAUUAACAUUUUUAAGAGUUGGCUGAAGCUGAUACAGGUUAUACCUGCCUUUUGUGCUAUGAAAAUAAACUGCAGACAUUGUGCGUGCUGCAUAUGCUACAAUCCUUUCAGGGAUGCCCCUAUUUUAGGCAUUAUGCAUGAUGCAUAAAGACAUUGGUUAGAAUUGGUUAGAAGCCCAAAUAAGUGAAACAGUUUUGGCUUUGACAAAAGUCUUUGGCCAUGACCCUGGGUCUGGAUGAUUCUUUCUUUAUGCUGGUUGAAGUCUGAGGUGUUUGCCUUGUGGCUGGGGAGGGCAGAUUGGUCUUAUCUGGGACGCUUCUGGUACAGUAUCACAGAAUGCUCUUGGGAGCACACUUCCUGUUUGCCUCUUCCCUUAUCUGUCUGCAAGGGCUCAGAGCUGAACACAGAGCACACAAAUGUGUAUGGAAAAGUGAUGUGAGCAGCUGUUGGUUUUUUUUCUGUUGCUGUUUUUUAAUUUGCAGAAGUUGGAGUGUAAGGCUGCAAUAACUGGAAAACAUCGUUGUGCUUUGGCCUAGUGAAUUAAUUGUUUUACAUCAGUGCAAGAGUUCCAGGAAAAAAAUAAGGUUGUUUCUUUCUUUUUUUUUUUUUAGUAAAGCUGGAGUCUUAUAAAUAAUUUCCUGUUUGUUCUAAUGCACAUAAAUUCUUCAUAUAGCUGGAAAUACUUGUGCCUUCAUUGGAACUGCAUGGAAAAGAAGAUGUAAUUAAUCAUGUCUUAACAGUUCAGUAGAUGUGGGAAGGUAAUGAGGAAAUUCCCAAUUAGCAUUUUUGCUUGCUCCAUCAGCAAGAGGAGAAAGUUGUCAGCCUUUGUAAAUGCUUUUAUUUUGUCAAGUCAGAUAUUCUGGAAGCAUUGAAUAUAUUUUUUAAAUGUCCCUGAAUUCCAGCAUGUUCUAAUUCUGGCUGGAAGAUGCUUGGACAUGUAUACUGUACCAAUUUACUGUCUGGAGAAUUUUCAGAGAAGUUAUGAUUUAAAGUUGGCUAUGUACUCAAACUUUUGAAAUGUGUCCUGAUCACUAUCAGCAGGAAUUCCUCUACUGAGUAAUGGAAGAAUUAAGUAUUUUAUUAAAAGGAAACCAAACAAAAAAAGGUAACAGUUUUAAGGGUAGCAAUACUAAUAUGUCCAAACAAACUGAUGAUUUGUUUGGCUGCAUAUGCAGAAACCAGAUCUUUUCAAAGAGAAUCAGGAGUCCUUGUGUAUUUCUAAUUCUAAUUGUUGAUGAAUAGAAAUUGUAUAACAUGAAUAUUUUUGUAAGUCCACAGUCAUUAAACAUGUA